CGCGACUAGUAUGCAGGAGCCCAUGCAUUUGCAUAAGACGCAAUGGUGCAGCGGGUUUAUAGCAAAGACGUCGAGAUAGACGGUGAAGACGCUGCGGCUAUGAUGCGAAGAUCGACAGGGCAUACAGACAGGGUACCACCAAGCAAACCCCCCACUCGACGCGGGGCAUCCGCCGCUAUCUCUGCGCAACACCUAUCGACCAAUCUCACACCAGACAAAAUGCCUUACAACACUCUCGCGCACCCAUCGCAACAUUGUGCGUUACCCCCAAGAUCCUUGCCACCCACUUGAGCCACCGUCACGAUGUCGACACCCUUAGAACGCGCCCUGACAGCCAUCGACGCCGCCCACGCGCUCGACCCAAACAAAGUAACCAUCAACAAUGAAGAAAUGCCAUACGAACUGCACUACGCGCAGAAAUGCACUUCCUACCUCGAGAAACGCGCCCCUGAUGCCUCAGAACCCCUUCGCAUAGCAAUCCGCGCCCAACACUUUCGCCGAUGGGAGGUACCACGAUCCAGCUACCCAAUGACACGCCCCGGCUACCACGCCUGGCGCACCUACCUCAAGAAACGACAAGCCGAACUUGUUGAGCAAAUAUGCCUAGAUUCUGGGUACAGUAAAGAAGACAGCGAGACAGUGGGCAGUUUGAUACGGAAAGAGGAUUUGAAGGCCAACGAGGAGACAAUGGUGUUGGAGGACGUGGCUUGCCUAGUUUUCUUGGAUGACCAGUUCGAGGCGUUUGAGAAGGAACAUGAUGAGGAUAAGAUUGUAAGGAUAUUGCAGAAGACGUGGGGGAAGAUGACGGAUCAAGGGCAUGAGUUGGCGUUGAAGAUUCCUAUGGGAGAGAGGCCUAUGGAGUUAGUGAAGAAGGCGCUGGCAGGGUAACACAGUUGUGAAUUUGAAUAUUGAAUAAAGUGGUGAUUUUCAUCUAUUAUUCGUGACGUGAAUUUGAUCGUUUUGGGUAUCGUUCUGAGCCUGUGAUAUAUCCUCCCCUCCUCUUAUGGUUGACAUGUUGAAGCCUAAGCCCCACCCUCCCUCUUAGCGUACUCCUCCUCCAUCGCCUCCUCGUAUCGUCGCUCGGCUUCCUUCUCCUGCUCGGUUUUCUCACUGUGGGUCGCGCUCGCUAGAGCUUGCGUAGCCGCAUUCUGUACGUUGUGCGCCGUCUGCGCAGCAGCUGAAGACUGCGUCGCUGGGGUGGAUUGUGAGGUGGUGGAAGGCAUGGGGACAGGCAUUCUGGCUGUCGCUGGUUGUUGGUGAAUGUGUCGUUGAGUGGUAUGUUACGACGUCUGGUUUGGGAGAUUGAAUGAUACUGAGAG